AUGAAGAAGUCUAGUUUGCUUUUCCUCGAGGAUGACAUUGUGUGUCCAAUAUGCCUCGAGGUGUUCAAAGACCCUGUCACUACAGCCUGUGGCCACAACUUCUGCAUGGACUGUCUGCAGGAUUACUGGGAUCGUCAAGCUUUGAUUGGGGAAUGCCCCUACUGCCCUCAGUGCCGGGAGUCCUUCAGCUCAAGGCCUCAGCUCCGCAAAAAUAUAACCCUGGGAGAAAUUGCUAUGAGAUUUGAACAAGAAGAGGCUCAGGGGUCAAGGACGCUCCCCUUGGUGGGUCCGCGGGAUGUCCCAUGUGACUUCUGCUCUUCCAAUAAUAAACUCAAGGCUGUCAAGUCUUGCCUGCAGUGCAUGGCGGCCUUGUGCCAUAACCAUAUCCAGUCCCACUAUGAAGACAAGACCUUCAAAAACCAUCAGCUGGUAGAACCUCUCAGUGACCUGAAGGCCAAUAUGUGCCUAACGCAUCGCCGGCUGUUGGCGCUGUUCUGCAAAAUGGAAGGCGAAUUCAUCUGCCACAUCUGUGUCCGGGAAAAGCACAAGAAUCAUGAAGCCAUCCCUAUAAAGGAGGAGAGAGUCAAGAAAGAAGCAGAUGUCAACAGAAUUCAAGCCAAUGUGGAAAACCAGAUUUUGAUGCUGGCAUUGGAUGGUCAAACACACAGGGGUAGAAUAAACUACUUAAUGAAAGUGGUGAAGACCGCCAGAGAUGAAGUGACCCAGACCUUUGCUGAGGUAUUCAAAGAGCUCAAGUGGCUGCAGGCUAAACUGAUGGACUUUGUAGACCAAGAAGAAAGAUCAGCUUUAGUGGAAAUGGGAAACUCCAUUCAGCAUAGGAAGGAGGAACUGACCAAUCUCAAGAAGCAGAACAUGUGGUUGGCAAUGCUGGCUAAUGACCCGAGUGAUUCUCAGUUCCUGCAGGACUUCCCAAAAAUAAAGGCAAUGUCUGGGUGCAAAGAAGCUUUGAUUGGUCUGAAAUGUGAGGACCCCACCAGUUUCGUUGGGCUCAAACAGACACUGUGUGACUUGAAAUCCCAGUUAUCCAUGACUGGACUCUGCUUUAUCAACAAAGUCCUUCAGAAAGGGAUUACAAUGGUACCUUAUGAAGUGAUACCAGUACCUAUGGAUCGAAAGAGUCUUCUAAAGUAUUACCGUAACCUGAAUUUUGAUGCCAGCACAGCCAAUGAAGAGCUCUUCCUAUUUAAGGAGACCCACUCCGUGUUGAAUAUGGGCAUCCUGCUGGAGAACUGUUCACAACCCAGCCAAGGGUUCAACCACUGGCCACAGCUCUUGUGCAGCCAUAGCCUUUGCGAGGGCUGCCAUUACUGGGAGGCUGAGAUUUCAAAUGCCUGGCUGUGCUUGGGGGUCACCUACAACUACCGGCAUAAAACUGAAAAAGGGUAUAUGUUCUACCUAAUUGGCAGGAAUAACAAUUCAUGGUGUCUGGAGUGGGAUUCGAUGAAAUUCUCCGUUUGGAACAAUAACAUCCAAACCAUGGUAAAAGGCAACUUCUACAAAACCAUCGGGGUCUUGGUAGACUAUGCCGGUGGCUCCUUGACAUUCUAUGGCAUCAGCAGCACCAUCAACCUCAUCUACCGUUUCCUCACCACAUUCACUGAGCCACUGUACCCAGCGGUUAUGGUAAGCAGUGGGGCCUCUGUUACUUUGAAGCAGCAUCCAGAGUAG